AUGAGUUAUGCAGGCUAUAGAGAGUCAUACUCUGCGAAUGGUUUCAGCAGUGGCUAUGGCGGUAACUACGGAGGCGGCUACGGUGGAGGAUAUGAUAAGCAGAGCAGCCUUGGGAGUCAUCUCCACAGCAUAGACUGGGGCCAUCAGCAACUCACGAAGUUCGAGAAGAAUUUCUACGUUGAGGAUGAACGUGUUUCUGCUCGCAGUGACAGGGAUGUGCAAGAAUUCCGAAGAGAGAAACAAGUCAUUGUCUCUGGGCGGAACGUACCAAAACCGAUCUUCUCAUUUGAGGAAGCGGGGUUUCCGGAGUAUCUCAUGAGUACAAUUAGAGCACAGGGCUUCCCAUCGCCAACUCCGAUUCAAUGUCAAGCCUGGCCAAUGGCCUUGAGUGGCAGAGAUAUGGUCGGCAUAGCGCAGACUGGUAUUGGGAAGACUAUUGCCUUUGCACUUCCCGCCAUUCUGCAUAUCAAUGCGCAACCUCUUUUGGCACCCGGUGAUGGACCAAUUGCAUUGGUGCUUGCUCCUACUCGGGAGUUGGCAGUCCAAAUCCAGCAGGAAUGCGCGAAAUUUGGCUCCAACUCGCGUAUCCGCAAUAUUGCUGUCUACGGUGGUGCACCCAAGGGUCCUCAAAUUAGAGAUCUCCAACGUGGUGUUGAAAUCGUCAUUGCAACUCCUGGUCGACUUAUCGACAUGCUGGAGAGUGGCAAAACGAAUCUGCGUCGUGUAACGUAUCUGGUCAUGGAUGAGGCUGAUCGUAUGCUCGACAUGGGUUUUGAGCCUCAAAUCCGUAAAAUUGUCAGUCAGAUAAGGCCUGACAGACAAACGUUGAUGUUUAGUGCGACAUGGCCAAAAGAUGUUCAGAAGCUUGCUAAUGACUUCCUCCACGACUUCAUUCAAGUCAAUAUAGGAUCUAUGGAGCUAACUGCCAACCAUAGUAUUCGCCAAAUCAUCGUAGUUUGCACUGACUUCGAGAAACGAGCGAAACUUAUCGAUCAUUUAGAGCGCAUCAGCACGGAGAACGCGAAAGUUCUUAUCUUUGUGGGAACAAAACGGGUGGCAGACGAUAUUACUAAGUAUCUGCGCCAAGAUGGCUGGCCUGCAUUAGCCAUUCACGGGGACAAAGAACAGCGUGAACGCGACUGGGUACUGGGAGAGUUUAGAGCAGGACGGUCUCCAAUCCUUAUUGCCACAGAUGUGGCAUCACGUGGUCUCGGUGCGUACAUUAAUCUAUUUUUCUGGAGCUCGUGGUAG